AAGAUUGAGAAAUUUCUGGAGGAUUACAAAGCACUCAAGCCCUCAAGAUAUUCUUAUGCUGAUAUCAAGAGAAUAACAAAUCAGUUCAGGGACUAGCUAGGAGAAGGUGCUUAUGGAACUGUUUUCAAAGGAAGGCUUUCUAAUGAUGUUUUGGUUGCAGUUAAGGUCCUCAACAAUUUCAAAGCAACUGGAGAAGAAUUCAUUAAUGAAGUUGGAUCAAUGUGCAGAAUCCAUCAUGUCAACGUCACUCGAUUGGAUUUUGUGCAGAUGGAAAUAAAAGAGCUCUUGUUUACGAGUACAUGCCAAAUGAAUCAUUGGAGAAGUUUAUCUUUGCAACCAGGGACCAAAAUCGUUCCCUCAGUUGGGAGAAUCUUCAAGAUAUUGCAAUAGGAAUAGCGAAAGGAAUUGAGUACCUGCACCAAGCAAAGCUCUGUUCCAAGGAACAAAGUGCUGUUUCUAUGACAGAAGCUGGAGGAACAAUGGGAUACAUUGCCCCUGAGAAUGUUGACAUCACAGUGCGGAAUACAAGCCAAGUUUAUUUCCCAGAAUGGGUGUAUAAUUGCUUGGAUAGAGGAGAAGUGCUGGGGAUUAGAAUAGAAAAUGAGAGGCAUGACAAGAUAGCAAGAAAACUUACAAUUGUUGGACUUUGGUCAAUCCAGCGGUACCCAACAGACCGACCAUCAAUGAAAUCUGUGGUUCACAUGUUGGAAAGAGAAGCAGACAGUUUGACAGUGCCACCAAAUCCCUUUGGCCAUGCAGAUGGAGCGCUGACAAGUGCCAAUAUCCCUAGGAGACCAAUUAACAGAGAAUUACCAGUAAUCUCUGAAUUAGAAUGAUGAAAAUUCUUUCUAUUCUACACUUUUUUUUAAUAUUUUCUAAAUAAUUGUACUACAAAAUGAAACUUAUAAUAAUUGUGCUAAAGUCUG